AUGUUGUGCCCAACGUAUACUUUCUCGAUAUCGAACAUUUAUUCUAAAUGGAGCAGUACAGAGACAGUUUGCCACAAAAUUGGUGGCAUUGUGACCAAACUGGGCAUGGGUGAUUUGGAGCGAGUACGGGCCGAGGUGGUUCGGCUCGAGGCCGCUCUUCAAGAAGCGAUCGCCGACAAACAUAAGGCUGCCGAAGUUGGCCUAAGUAUUCUACAAGAAAAAGAGGCUUUAGAAUUACGAUUAGCUCAGUUGCAGACGCAAUACGAUGCCGCAAAGGUUGAGGUCGAUCAGGCCAAUCAGACUCGAUAUGGGCGACUCACGAAUGCGCAUUUGCCCUAG